CCACAUGCAUUGAACGUGAAAUCACGUCUUUACAAAUGGAGGAGAGGAGAUUAGUGGCAGAGAUCAAGAAAACUGCUAAAACUGGAAAUGAGGCUGCAACUAAAAUCUUAGCUCGUCAAUUAGUUCGGCUUCGGCAGCAAAUAACAAAUUUGCAGGGGAGCCGUGCCCAGAUGAGAGGGGUGGAAACUCAUACGCAGGCCUUGUAUGCUAGCACGUCAAUUUCAACUGGCAUGAAAGGAGCAACCAAAGCUAUGUCUGCUAUGAACAAGCAAAUGCAACCUGCAAAACAAACUAAAAUGAUCAGAGAAUUCCAGCAACAGGCAGCGCAGAUGGACAUGACCAUUGAAAUGAUGUCUGAUGCAAUUGACGAGACACUAGACAAAGACGAGGCUGAAGAAGAAACCGAAGAACUUACUAACCAGGUCCUUGAUGAGAUUGGUGUUGACAUUGCUUCACAGCUAUCUUCAGCUCCAAAGGGGCAUAUUGCAUCAAAGAAAGUCGAGAACACUGCCCCAAGUGCUGCUGUGUCGACUGAUGAUGUCGAGGACCUCGAGAAAAGGCUGGCGUGUCUGAGGCGGAAUCUGACUAAUCCUGUUCAACUGGAUUUGUGGAUUAAGACUGAAAGUCUCCAGCCAGUGUGUCCCAAGUCUUCUCCGUUGAGAGACAUUAGUCACCUUCAAAAUCUUCAAAAGAUUCUCUCUUUCCUCAAAACGGAGAACAUAACAACAAAAUCCAAUCCAAUUGCAAUCGCGCUAGGUCUGGAUAUGCAGAGCCAAGUUGUUUGCAGUGGGUGUAGAACCGUCCUACUUUACCCAAGCGGAGCUACAAAUGUUUGCUGUGCAAUUUGCAAUAUGGUCACUUCGGUGCCACCACCGGGGAUGGAAAUGGCUCAAUUGAUAUGUGGAGGUUGUCGCACCUUGCUUAUGCAUGCUCGUGGAGCAACAAGUGUCAGGUGCUCCUGCUGUCACACUGUAAAUCUUGUGCCAGCUGCCGUGCCUCCUAAUAAUGUUGCUCAUGUUAACUGUGGAAAUUGCCAUACUAUGCUGAUGUAUCCUGCUGGAGCACCAUCAGUAAAAUGUGCUAUUUGUCACUUCAUCACGAAUGUUAAUAUGGGCGAUACUAGAGUUCCCAUUCCUGUAAAUAGACCUGCAGGGAACUCCAAUUCUGCACCAACGCAAUCCACUUCUACAGUAACGACAGCUCAUUCUCAUAAUCAAACGGUAGUGGUGCAGAACCCCAUGACUGUCGAUGAAAGUGGCAAGUUGGUGAGCAAUGUCGUCGUUGGCGUCACAACAUAAGAUGUGUGUUGAUGUAAAGGUACGCCGGAAGAGCAUAUAGAGAGAGAACCUGUGCAUAUUGUGGCUAUGAUUAGUAUGGAGCUAAUAAAAUUUGGUGUCAAGUGCCAGAGAAUAACUGGACUAUUUUGCACUAUAUAUAGCGUGCCUCAUUUUGCUACACAGGAAUUGUAUGUUGUACCUGCUGCUUACCAGAUUGAACACUGAUAAUAUACACUUUUAUUCGCAA